AUGGCGUCGACCUCUCACGCAUUCUUCACCUCGAUCCCAUGGACAUCUCGCCUCCUCGCCUCCCCCAGCGUCCGCACAGCCCACCCCUUCUCACGCACGCCGAAACCUCUUACCGGCGAGGACUCACUGAUCGCCGGUACCCUCGCGACUUCAUCCACGAUCCCCCACUGCUUGAUCUACUAUCCCCGCCCUUGUUUCGCAGACGCAGAAGUCAAUGCGAUAAAUGUGCUGCUGAAAGUAGAAGAUGGAUGUAACGGCUACCCAUCUAUCCUCCACGGCGGCAUCACUGCAACGAUUAUCGACGAGGCCAUGGGAAUGCUACUGCAACUCCAAUCUGAACGCUUGCAUCUCGGUCGUGUAGCUACUGGUCAUGCAUCAGGAGAGAUCGCAUCGGGCGUGGAAGCAUUUACAAAGAGUCUGAAUGUGGAAUUCAAGAGUCCUAUCAAGACGCCUGGGAUUAUACUUGUCAAAGUGAAAGUGGUGGAGAGAAAGGGGAGAGGGAUUAAAAUGGUUGCGACGGUCGGACAGAAGGUCGGGCAGGAGGAGGAAUUGGAUGGGGAGGUGAAGGUGUGUGCGACGGGGGAGGCGAUAUAUGUCACCCCUAGAGGAUCGAAGUUAUAG